CUCUCUCUCUCUCUCUCUCUCUCUCUCUCUCUCUCUCACCUUCCACCUCUCCACUCGAACUCUCCUUUAAGCUGCCCUGUGCCAGACCCUUUUAUUUUGGUUCCUGAGUGCAUAACCUUAAUUUUUAACACUUCCAGCCGCUGCCCCACGGAGCACAUACACAAACACACAUAUAUCAGAAUCCAACGUCAUGUCAAGCAACUCUAUGCAAGCUGCCAAGGACUGUGCCAGUGGCACCAUCGGAGGGUUCCUCCAGGUCUUUGUUGGACAGCCCUUUGAUACCGUUAAAGUGCGCCUGCAAACCAUGCCGGCUCCUCUGCCCGGCCAGGCACCCCUUUACACCGGCAUGCUCGACUGUGUUAAGCAAACCAUUGCGAAGGAGGGCUUCCGAGGCUUCUACAAGGGCACGACCACCCCCCUUGUCGGCGUCGGUGCCUGUGUCUCCAUCCAAUUCGUGACCCUCCAGGCCAUGAAACGCUACUACAACGACAAGAACGGUCCUGGCGCCAACGGCUUCCUCUCAAACUCCCAGCUCUACCUCGCGGGCGCUGUUAGUGGUAUCACGAACUCGAUCGUCUCAGGACCGGUUGAACAUAUUCGUACACGACUUCAGGUCCAGACAGGAAGCAGUGCUGCACCCGCUGUCAAGACGAUUGUGGGCGCGGCGGAGAAGGCGGCGAUUGAUUCGGGCCUGAAGGAAUCGGUGGUCGUGGCAGCGAAGGCGGCUUCGGAAAGUGCGGUCGCGGCAGCGGCGACGGCGGGUUCCAAGGAUAUGUUGUUCUUUACGGGACCUGUGGAUGCGGUCCAGAAGAUCUAUGCGCAGUAUGGGCUGAAGGGUCUGUUCAAGGGCCAGGCGGUGACGAUGGUGAGGGAGUUCCAGGGAUAUGGUGCCUAUUUUGCGGCGUAUGAAUAUUUGGUCCAGAGAGCUAUGCAGCUUGAGAAUAAGAAGCGGAAUGAGUUGGGUACGGGCAAGUUUGUGGCCUAUGGUGCCUGCGCUGGAUAUGCCAUGUGGACGGCGGUGUACCCGAUCGAUGUGAUCAAGAGCAAGUUGCAGACGGACGGAUUCACAGUCGCGACGCGUCAGUACUCCUCUGCAAUGGACUGUGUUCGUCAGACCUUGGCCAAGGAGGGUGCCGCUGGAUUCUUCAAGGGUAUUGCGCCAUGCAUGCUGCGUGCUGCCCCCGCUAACGCGGUCACCUUCCUUGGUUUUGAGAUGGCCAUGCGACUUCUGCGUUAAAACACAAAUGGUGAACAGGAAGGAGAGGGGGAUUUUUUAUUUUUUUUUCGUCACGGAAAAGAGAAGCAAGCAUGACAUAGAACUAUACAGCAUUCAAAAAAAAAAAUUGAAGAACAAUAAAUUCUAGGAUACCAAGGACGCUCUGGACACCGAUUCGAUGGGGACGGGAAGGACGAAGGUACGGGUUUCUGGAUGGACUCGAUUUGAAAACGUUUAGAUAUCUGAUUUCUGCAGCUCAUGGUCUUUAUUGAACGAUAAUGACAA